AUGUCAAACCAAAGGAAGAACAGGGCUGUGAUCAUUGUCAAUUAUGAAUUCUAUGGGACCAAAUCCUCUGAGAUGCUCUCGUCAAGACCUGGGGCCAAGAAGGAGGCAGACAGGCUUUUUAAAGCCUUAUCCAACUGCAAUUUUGCUGUGAGACUGCACUAUGACUUGACAGCCAAGGAAAUAGAAGAACUCUAUGAGGAAGAAUGUGACGCAGAACAUGGGGACUGUUUUGUAAGCAUUAUUUCCAGUCAUGGACAGGAAGGAAGUAUAUUUGACUGUGAAGGUCAACCAGUUCAGCUGACACAGAUUUACCAGACAUUAUCAUCUCAAAGAUGUCAUAAAUUGAAAGGGAAACCCAAAAUCUUCUUCAUACAGGCCUGCCGUGGAGAGGACAUUGAUCAUGGUGUGUACCUCCAGACAGACAGUGGGGAACUGCAGACUGACUGUUUCUCACACUACCUCUCUAUCCCCGAAAAUACUGCAGUAAUGUUUGCUUGUAGCCCUGGCUAUGCUUCUUUCAUCAAUCGGUGGGAAUCCAUGUUCCUCAAAGCCCUACUAGAACAGCUAGAAGGAGAAGGGCGGCAUCUUGAAGUUGCCUGCUUGAUGACCCGAAUCUGUGGGAGAGUUGCCUUCCAUUCCGAAGCAAGAGGAACACAUGCCGGGGGCAAAGAGAUGCCUUGUUUUGUCACAAACCUGGUGGGGGAGGUUUACCCUUUCUCCUCACCAGGGAGAGAGGCCUCUGGUUGUAGGUGA